AUCCCUCCGCACCACACCUCACUGCUCUACCUCUGAGCUGUGCCAUAGCUGUCCUCCUCUUCCUCCCACUUCCCCCUCCUCCAAGGACUCUUCUCGCCGCUUCUCCAUCCAGCCACAACACAUUUCCCUUCCGGCCAAAUCUCACACCUGCACUGCGCGGCUCUCUUCGCUUCUUCCUGCUGUAACAAAUCUAGGCUGAUGAGAUGAGGACGGCGGUGGUGCUGCUCCUCUGCUUCUUCGCCAUCGCCGGCAUCAGCUGCGGCGAACCGCGGGCCGCCGGCGUAUGGGCGGAAGGAGGCAGGGCGAUGGCGGCGGUGGAGGUGAACCCUUCAUGGCAGUUCCCUAGCCCGCGCCUACGGGACGCGUACCUGGCGCUGCAGACGUGGAAGCAGCACGCCAUCUUCUCCGACCCCAGCAACCUCACCGGCGACUGGUCCGGCCCGGGCGUCUGCAACUACACCGGCGUCUACUGCGCGCCGGCCCCGGGGUCGGGCGAGCUCGCCGUCGCCGGCAUCGACCUCAACCACGGCGACAUCGCGGGGUACCUCCCCUCGGAGCUGGGCCUGCUCUGCGACCUCGCGCUGCUCCACCUCAACUCCAACCGCUUCUGCGGCCUCCUCCCCGACUCCCUCCGCCGCCUCGCCCUCCUCCACGAGCUCGACCUCAGCAACAACCGCUUCGUCGGCGCCUUCCCGGACGUCGUCCUCGACCUGCCCUCCCUCCGCUUCCUCGACCUCCGCUACAACGACUUCGAGGGCGGCGUGCCGCCCUCGCUCUUCGACCGCCCGCUCGACGCCAUCUUCCUCAACCACAACCGCCUCCGCUUCGCCCUCCCGGACAACUUCGGCAACUCCCCGGCCUCCGUCCUCGUCCUCGCCAACAACCGCUUCGGCGGCUGCCUCCCGGCCAGCCUCGCCAACAUGUCCGCCACGCUCAACGAGAUCCUCCUCAUCGACAACGGCCUCUCCUCCUGCCUCCCGCCCGAGGUCGGCAUGCUCCGCGAGCUCACCGUCUUCGACGUCAGCUUCAACGCCCUCGCCGGCCCGCUGCCGCCCGAGGUGGCGGGCAUGCGCAAGCUCGAGCAGCUCGACGUCGCGCACAACCUGCUCUCCGGCACCGUGCCAGAGGCCGUCUGCGACCUUCCCCGCCUCAAGAACUUCACCUUCGCCUACAACUUCUUCACCGGCGAGCCGCCCUCCUGCGCGCGCGUCGUGCCGCCCGCCUCCGACCGCCGGAACUGCCUCCCCGACCGCCCCGCCCAGCGCAUGCCGCAGCAGUGCGCCGCCUUCUACGCCCGCCCGCCCGUCGACUGCGCCGCCUUCCACUGCAACCCCUUCGUCCCGCCUCCGCCACCCCCGCCUCCGCCAGCGUACCCCGGCCCGCUGCCGCCGGUGUACCCCAUGCCGUACGCCUCGCCGCCGCCGCCUGCACAUUACAGAUGAUGAUGAUCCGGCCCUCACAACACAAGCAUUACCAAUUCCACUUUCCCUCACCCGAGUGUACGUGGUCAUUGUUGUUCCUGGAUAGUAUAUUAUUACUAGCUCUCGAUUGAUAGCUACCGGAGUAAAGAAGAAGAACACGGUGCAUAUAUCCUUUUCUUCCUUUCUUUUUUUGCAUUGGUUGGUGUCUGUUCUCCGCAUCGCCGUCCUCGAUCCGUUAGCGCGGCGCUCAUGGCGAAAAGGAUUGGAGCUUGGUGAUGGGGAAAUCUGGAAUUAAAAAGCUUUGGAUUGAUGGCUAAUUGGGUUGUGAAUAAUAAUCUGGUUGAGAGAGAGAGACAGCUUCUUCAGGUGGGACUGAGCAAUCCAUGGUUGUAUAGACUGCUAUAGAGUGAUGAAGCUUGAGUGGUUCAGUUAAGCUUCGGUUGAGGGUCACAGAUAAGUUUCUAGAUCAAGAGAUUUGUCGGGAGUACUGAUUUCCUCUUGUGUCACAGCUACUCACCACUACUAUUUGAUUAUUAUAAGAUAUUUAGUUGAGUCCCUUGGAGAUUUUGUUCUCCUAACUGCCACUCUGUUCUUAUAGUUUUGUAUGACUUCUUGGUAUGUAUAAUAUCAUAUACUGUUGUCA